GUCCCAUUGUACCGGGCCUCGUCAAAUAUAAAAGGGCAACAGGUCUUUUCUCUAUUUUCCCUCCAAAACAGAGAAGGCGAACGGAGAAGAAAGAAGAUCUCUUCUCCCGAUGGUAGAGUUGUAGAUUUUCUGGGCAUGGCUUCGUCGAAGGAAGAAGCAGAGGAAUGUUUACCACCACCCUUUCCAACCGUCCCUCCGAACACAGUCCCCAAGCAUGCAGAUCCUGCAAACCGCAGGGUGAUGGCUAGGGCUGGUUUUGGAAGAGAUGGGCGACCCAUCUCUUUGCUUACUAACCACUUCAAUGUUCGUUUUAGUUCUCCAGAUGGGAUUUUCUUCCAUUACAGUGUCUCUAUUACCUCCGAUGACAACAAAGUUGUUGAAGGCAAGGGUAUCGGCAGAAGAGUCAUGGAUAAGGUUUACCAGACUUACAGUUCUGAGCUCGAAGGCAAACAAUUUGCCUAUGAUGGAGAGAAAAGCUUGUUUACAGUAGGUCCUCUGCCCCAAAACAACUUUGAGUUCAUGGUGGUGCUGGAGGAAGCAUCUGCAAGACGGGGUGGUGGUAAUGGGAGCCCUGGUCUGAAUGGGAGCCCUGGUGAGGGUGACAGGAAAAGAUCAAAGCGUGUCCAGCAUACUAGGACAUUCAAAGUGGAGAUAAGUUUUGCAGCUAAAAUUCCCAUGAAGUCGAUUGCCUUAGCUUUAAAGGGAAAUGUUGAGGAGAACACUCAAGAUGCAUUAAGGGUGCUGGAUAUUAUAUUGAGGCAGAUUGCAGCUAAGCGUGGAUGCCUUCUCGUAAGGCAAUCAUUUUUUCAUGAUGACGUGAGGAACUUCACCGAAUUGGGAGGUGGUGUAACUGGUUGUCGAGGGUUUCACUCUAGUUUCCGCACCACCCAAGGUGGUUUGUCAUUGAAUAUGGAUGUCUCGACUACGAUGAUCCUGACCCCUGGUCCAGUUAUAGACUUUUUAACUACCAACCAGAAUCUCAGGGAUUACCGCCAGAUUGACUGGGCCAAGGCCCAGAAGAUGUUGAAGAACAUGAGGGUUAAGGCUAGACAUAAUAGUAUGGAGUUCAAGAUCAGAGGAUUAAGUGAGAUGCCGUGCAAUCAGCAGCUAUUUUCCUUGAAAAUGAGAAAUGGAGAUGGUGCUGAUGGUGAUGGCCAGACUACAGAGAUUACUGUCUAUGAUUAUUUUCUUAAGAAGGGUAUAGAAUUGAGUAGUUCUGCUUAUAUGCCAUGCCUUGAUGUUGGCAAACCAAAGCGCCCGAAUUAUCUUCCUCUAGAGCUAUGUACGCUUGUUUCUCUGCAACGCUAUACGAAGGCUUUAUCCACCAUGCAAAGAUCUUCUUUAGUGGAAAAGUCGAGGCAGAAGCCUCAGGAACGAAUAAGGGUUGUGACUGAUGCUUUGAGAAACAACAGAUAUGAUGAGGAUGUGCUGCUUUCUGCUUGCGGUAUUUCUAUUGACAAACAACUUACUCCAGUGGAUGGCCGUGUUCUUAAUGCACCAACAUUGAAGGUUGGUAACAGUGAAGACUGCGUCCCUCGCAAUGGGCGGUGGAAUUUCAACAAUAAGAGACUAUUGGCGCCUGCACGGAUUGAUAAGUGGGCUGUUGUGAAUUUUUCUGCCCGUUGUGAUAUAAGCCAUCUUUCCCGUGAUCUUAUUAGCUGUGGAAGAAGUAAAGGAAUUCAUAUCGAGCGCCCAUUUACGUUGAUUGAUGAAGAUCCCCAGUCAAGGAGAGCUAGUCCAAUAGCAAGAGUUGAAAGGAUGUUUGAACAGAUAAGGGCAAGGCUUCCAGGCCCUCCUCAAUUUCUUCUAUGCGUCUUGCCGGAAAGAAAGAAUUCAGAUAUUUAUGGGCCAUGGAAAAAGAAAAACCUUCAUGAAAUGGGAAUAGUGACACAAUGUCUUGCCCCUACGAAGAUCAACGACCAAUAUCUGACAAAUCUUCUUUUGAAAAUCAAUUCUAAGCUUGGUGGUACAAACUCCUUAUUGGCUAUAGAGCAUUCUCCGUGUAUCCCCCUAAUAAACCAAACUCCUACCAUGAUUUUAGGCAUGGAUGUGUCUCAUGGUUCGCCGGGCCAAUCUGAUAUCCCAUCCAUAGCUGCGGUAGUUGGCUCCAGAGCUUGGCCAUUGAUUUCACGAUAUAGAGCAUCUGUAAGAACACAAUCUCCUAAAGUGGAAAUGAUAGAUUCUCUAUUCAAGCCACUGGCAAAUGGACAGGAUGAUGGCAUUAUUAGGGAGCUCUUGCUGGACUUCUAUCAGACCAGUAAUCAUAGAAAGCCUUCGCAGAUCGUUAUUUUUAGGGAUGGAGUAAGCGAGUCCCAGUUCAAUCAAGUCCUGAACAUUGAACUUGACCAGAUCAUCAAGGCAUUUGAACAUUUGGGGGAGAACUGGCUUCCAAAAUUCACUGUGAUUGUCGCCCAGAAGAACCACCACACUAAGCUCUUCCAGGCUGGUGCCCCUGAUAACGUUCCACCUGGAACCGUGGUAGACUCAAAGGUGGUCCAUCCCAGAAACUACGAUUUCUACAUGUGUGCACAUGCUGGAAUGAUCGGCACAUCGAGGCCGACACAUUACCAUGUUUUGCUUGAUGAGAUUGGCUUCUCACCUGACGACCUGCAGAAGCUUGUCCUUUCCCUUUCGUAUGUGUACCAGAGGAGCACUACCGCAAUAUCGAUUGUUGCACCGAUCAGUUAUGCACACCUGGCUGCACAACAGAUGCUGCAGUUUAUCAAGUUUGAGGACUUUUCAGAUGCAUCAUCGGGCCAUGGAGGGGUAACCACAGCGGGGACUGUACCUGUUCCGGAGCUCCCGAGGCUGCAUCAGAAUGUCUGCAGUUCAAUGUUUUUCUGCUGAGGAAAUGGCAAUAGAACAUUCUCCUUUUUUGUUUCAGCAGUGAUUUUGAUGGAAUGUUUUACAGUGUAAAGAUUACACACACACACACAGAGGGGUCUUAGGAAACCUGAGUUUUUGUUAGUUUUUUUGAGUUGGUUUUUGUAAUCCUGUAAAUGGGGUCUUGUUGGUCCAUGUUGGGCCAUGGAUCGUUUGUUCUUGUGUAAAGUGAUAUGUUGAUCUUUGAAACAUACACGUAGCUGGUUGUUGGUGUC